UGCACAAAGAAGAUUCACCUAAGUAGGUAUUCAUCAAGUGUCGAUUCACGCCUUUCGCUUACCUUCUUAUCUUGGAACAGCAUCUCAUGACCCGGCCCGGCUAGUUGGGAUUGGCUGUGGCCAGCUCGAAUUGGCGAAUGGGAGCCCGCGACUUCACCAUGGCUGUCCGCCUCGCUGCGAAGAGUCCACUGCGCUAUGCCGUCAUUGUCGCACUCGACGAAAAGGCUACAUGGGCAAGAAAACAUGGGCAAAAGAAUAAGAAUGGUUUGUUUCCUCGUCUUGGUACCUUUCAAAGUACAUGUAGCAAGUUGAUGCAUUGCGCUUUGUCGCCCUUUCCCCUCGACAUCGUGCUCGACAACCAUCACAAGGUUGCGUCUUGAAGUCAACUUAAACCAAAGUCGCAAACUCUAUGAGCACGUGUUUCCCUUUCCCGGCAGUCCUCGAAGCAAAAGAAUUACCCGCACUCGGUACUUAACUUGCCGAAAAUCUCGAGUUUUCGAAUUUCACUGGUCUACCCGUUUGAGCAGACUUCAAAGUCCUAGAAACACUACUCAUCGACCUCCUCGCUACCUCUUCUGGCUUGUCAUUAGCAAACGUGGAUCAAGAUGGGUGCCGACGGCUCUCCCCAAACGCGCGACUACCCCGAGAGGGAGAAGCGGAUGGAUGAUGCGGGCGCCGACGUGAAGUCGCAGAUCGCCUCCGCCAGCUCGCUUCAUAAGGGCGAGGACAUCCUCGCCAUGCAAGACUUGGAUCCCGCUCUAAAUGCCAAAAUGCACCUCGUCAACAAUGCCAUUGACGAAAUUGGUUGGACAAACUACCAUUGGAAGUUAUUCGUUUUAAACGGCUUUGGAUACGCGGUGGAUUCUAUGAUAACCCUUAUUCAAAGCAACAUCGCUGCGCCCGCCUUUAAGGAGUUCGGCUCCGUGGGGUUUGCGAACGGUCAGAAUAUCGCCUCAUACGCCGGCUUACUCGUCGGUGCCAUAUUCUGGGGAUUUGGGGCUGACAUCAUUGGCCGUCGCUGGGCUUUCAAUCUCUCCCUGUUCAUCUGCUCUGCAGCUGCCAUCGUCGCUGGUGCGGCACCGAACUGGGCUUCACUGGGCUUUUUCGUGGCUCUCGUUGGAUUCGGUGGCGGCGGAAACCUGGUCCUAGACACCACUGUCUUCUUGGAGUACCUUCCUGGUGACAAGCAAUGGGUACUGACGCUGAUGGCGUGCUGGUGGGGGUUCGGUCAGGCAAUCACUGGUUUCAUCUGCUGGGGUUUCCUAGUUCCGAGACAAUGGAAUUGCGAUCUGGAAGGAGACGAAUGCCCAAGAUCUGCGAAUAUGGGAUGGAGAUACGUCUAUUUCACCGCUGGCGCCUUUGUUCUUGUCUUGUCGAUUUUGCGAAUUACCAUUGUCCGUCUAAAGGAAACACCCAAGUAUCAACUAACCGAAGGCGACGACGCCGGACUAGUCGAGAACCUCCAAAGUCUGGCGAAGAAAUACAACCGACCUUGUUCACUCACACUUGAACAGCUCGAAGCAUGUGGAACGAUUCAAGGAACUCACGGUGACUCUCGAUUCUCACUUACUGAGUUCAAGGUUCACCUCUCAGGACUAUUCGCCACGAAAAAGAUGGGGCUAUCUACGUCCUUAAUCUGGUUGUCUUGGACGCUGAUUGGCCUCGCAUAUCCUCUAUUCUACGUCUUCUUGUCGACGUAUCUGCAAACCCGCGGUGUGAGCGGUCCUGUCGAGCCUUUCUAUGUCUGGCGCAACUACACACUUGCCAACAUAUCUGGCAUAUUUGGUCCUGUUCUCGCUGGUUUUCUGUGCAAUAUCAGCUUCCUCGGCCGUAAAUACACCAUGGUCAUUGGUGCCCUAGUCACGAUGGUAUUCUUCUUCGGAUAUACAGCGGUUCAUACCUCAGACCAGAACGUUGCCUUCAGCUGCGUUAUCGCCUUCUGCGUCAACAUCUACUACAGCUGUCUGUACGCAUACACUCCCGAGGUCCUCCCUACCGCCCAUCGUGCUACAGGAAACGGUAUCUCGGUCUCUUUGAACCGCAUCAUGGGUAUCGUGUCUGCCGUCAUUGCCACAUUUGCAGACACUCGUACCACGGCGCCGAUCUACCUCACCGCGGCCCUUUAUGCGGCCAUGGCCAUUGUCGCUGUCUUCUUCCCAUUCGAGCCCUAUGGACGUCGUAGCUCGUAGGCUCGGAAAAGCUUUCCACAGUAGGCAGAUGGCCUAUAGCUUGUAGUUCUCCACGAGCUGCAUAUCUGUAUGGCCGAUGUAACUCAGUGAGUUCUGCAUCUUGUCUAGGCCUCCCCUGCGCCUACUAUUGUGAGCGCCCCCGUUUUGAACAUAGAUGGAGGCCUUUGAGAGGAUCGAUACCGUUAUACCUAGAAUUCAUAUGUACAAGAUACCCAAUAUUGACCACAAUGUUUGUUGGUUUUUGUUUCAUUCAUUUUGACGUACAUGUGAGAAUAAACUUUAUGUGACUACUUCAACUACUUAUUUAGGGGUAAGUCAGGAUGAAAGGGGCUUCUGGGUAUCUACAUGUAAGUGCCUAGGUCACUAUACUGGGCAAGUGGUGCGGCUUGGGCCAAGCUGUUGAACUUACCAAAAUACUGCCGGA